GAAUGUGUGGGAAAAAAAUGUUUAGUCAUCAUAAUUUCUUCUGUUUAUGACGUGGUCGUGAUUGUGAGCAAUUACUUUGUAACAUUAAUUGCUUCGUAUACUUCCUUUAACUUCAAAGUUAACGAGUGUAGUGGGAAGAUGUUGUGUUGAACUUGGAUAGCAAGAAAUGAAACAAGUAGUUGGAUUACAGAAAUGAAGGAAGCGAAUUUACUUGCGCCAGUAUUGACUAUUUUCAUCAUUGCUGGGAUAUUACUGUAUUUAGUCCACAGAGAAUGGAAUUGUUGCCACAAACGCCCGGCGAAAGAUAAUGUAGUUCGGGAUGACACAGACAUCUCAUCAGUGGAGAUUGACGUUGAAACGGAGAAAAAUGUGGAUGACUAUUCGAGCAAAAAAGUAGGAUUUACGAACGCGUCAUACGUCACAUCCGAUAUGGACACUGGUAUUCGUGAAAGUUUUAUAAGUGUGGUUGUGGAAGAUAUGGGCCAUUACAUGUUGUGUGAGUCAGAUGACAUAGUUGGAAAUAACGCGACGUAACAAAAGUGCUUUUAGUUACGAAAUCAUUCCGAAAACGCUUUGGUAAUUUCAUUGUUUACAAAGUCAAUGAUUAAAUUAUUGUUAUGUCCAUUGCCAUUCCUUUAUUUCCUGGGAAGAAGUUGGAAGAACAACAAGAUGAAUUAAAAUGAAAACGAUGUACAAUUCUUGUAAAUAUUUAAAUGCAGAUAUGCUUCAGUUAAUAAUACUAAAUCUAGAAAUUGAUAUAUACAAACUUUAAUCUUGGAAGAAAGUAUGAAAUAAAUUACGGUUAUUAUGAAAUUUAAUGUCCUCAUUAACUCAAGUUGUGGUAGCACGGAUAGAGGAAGGUCAUAAGUUAAGACCAUCCUUUGAUCACCGUUUUUGGAAAACAAGCUCAUUUCAGGCAGGUGAUUUAAGUUUAUUGAGAAAAAAAACUAGGAGAAAUGUUGGCAAAUGAAACUUGUAAUAUAAAACAACUCCUCAGAAUUAAAAGUAAAAAUGUACAAUUUAAAUUUGUCGGAAAUAAAUAUACCCACGUGACGAUGCACGAG